CCCCGAGUACCUGGGGUGGUGCUUCUCCUCAAGCACCUUGGUGGGAGGCAGGUGCGGGCCCUGGGAAUGAACCUGUGCCCCGAGUUCUCCCUUAGAAACUGUUGGCGGCCCUGACCUUGCUUCUGAUAUCUUCAUCCACCUCUAAAAAUUAGGUGGCGAUGCCUACUCCAUUGUGUGUGUGCCCCCGACUCUAUUCAACUUAUGAUCCCCACUCGGAAAGUAGGCAGCGGUCCGGACUUCCCUUAGAGUCUUCUAACUUAAAAAUCUGGCGGCGGCACAUUCCUGGGAAAGGGAAUGUGUCCUCCCUGUGAAUGUUCUCCCCAAAAGUCAGAUAGCUUAAUCAGAUCAAGUCAGAUGUAACUACGAUCGGGCUGCAGAAAGCCGGCGUCUGCUCCUUGCCUUAUGUCUUAUAUCCCUUUUACAUUCCCACAGGUUCUAAGCAGUAGACCUGUCGUCUGUCUAGCAGAAAUUGAAGGAGACUGGGCCUCAGAUCUUGAAGUGCAUAGUUAGGGCUCAGAAGGAAAAGGGGCUCCUUAAGUGGUUCCAGGUUGUGUGGUUACCAAGCCAGAAAGCGUAGAGGUCAGAAGGUGCCUUGCAGGCAGUUUUAACAGUUUCAAGUGUCCCGAACUGACUUGUUCAAACUGCAAGUCAUGACUUGUGGCAUUAUCAGCACUUGUGGCUGAUGACUCCUCUAAAAGCUGGGAUUAAAACUUCCCGUAUUCCUGGCUGGCUGGAUAUAAUCUUAAGCAAAAAGCAUGUACUUAAACAGGAAAGGUGGAAGGCAGAAUACAGGUUUUCAACUAAGGAGCUUCCCUUUUAAAGAACUGCAUCAUUGCGGGGACGGUAGUGUGAAAGGCCUUAGCUAGGAAAAUUAACUUUGCACUUGCAUUGAUAUUAAGAAAUUAUUUUCGGCCGGAUGCGGUGGCUCAUGCCUGUAGUCCCAGCACUUUGGGAGGCCGAGGUGGGCGGAUCACCUCAGGUCAGGAGUUCGAGACCUGCCUGGCCAAUCUGCUUAGCCUGCGACGCUUAUGAUUAGAGCCAACAAUUUGAAAUGGCCUGCUCACCUGAUGCAGUCGUCUCUUCGUCUUCUACUUUCUUAAGGUCUGGCUCAGUUUAUGAACCUCUUAAAAGCAUUAAUCUUCCAAGACCUGAUAAUGAAACUCUCUGGGAUAAAUUGGACCAUUAUUACAGAAUUGUCAAGUCAACAUUGCUGCUGUAUCAAAGUCCAACUACCGGUCUCUUUCCCACUAAAACAUGUGGUGGUGACCAGAAGGCCAAGAUCCAGGACAGUCUAUACUGCGCUGCUGGGGCCUGGGCUUUGGCUCUUGCAUACAGGCGCAUUGAUGAUGACAAGGGAAGGACCCAUGAGCUGGAGCACUCAGCUAUAAAAUGCAUGAGAGGAAUUCUCUACUGCUAUAUGCGUCAGGCCGAUAAGGUCCAGCAGUUUAAGCAGGAUCCACGCCCAACAACAUGUCUUCACUCUGUUUUCAAUGUGCAUACAGGAGAUGAGUUGCUCUCCUAUGAGGAAUAUGGUCAUCUUCAGAUAAAUGCAGUGUCACUCUAUCUCCUUUACCUUGUGGAAAUGAUUUCCUCAGGACUCCAGAUUAUCUACAACACUGAUGAGGUCUCUUUUAUUCAAAACCUUGUAUUUUGUGUGGAAAGAGUUUACCGUGUGCCUGACUUUGGUAUCUGGGAAAGAGGAAGCAAAUAUAAUAAUGGCAGCACAGAGCUACAUUCGAGCUCUGUUGGUUUAGCAAAAGCAGCUCUAGAAGCAAUUAAUGGAUUCAACCUUUUUGGCAACCAGGGCUGUUCGUGGUCAGUUAUAUUUGUGGAUCUCGAUGCUCACAAUCGCAACAGGCAAACUUUGUGCUCGCUGUUACCCAGAGAAUCAAGAUCACAUAACACAGAUGCCGCCCUGCUCCCCUGCAUCAGUUAUCCUGCAUUUGCCCUGGAUGAUGAAGUUCUGUUUAGCCAGACACUUGAUAAAGUGGUUAGAAAAUUAAAAGGAAAAUAUGGAUUUAAACGUUUCUUGAGAGAUGGGUAUAGAACAUCACUGGAAGAUCCCAACAGAUGUUACUACAAGCCAGCUGAAAUUAAGCUGUUUGAUGGCAUUGAAUGUGAAUUUCCCAUAUUUUUCCUUUAUAUGAUGAUUGAUGGAGUUUUUAGAGGCAAUCCUAAGCAAGUACAGGAAUAUCAGGAUCUUUUGACUCCAGUACUUCAUCAGACCACAGAAGGAUAUCCUGUUGUACCAAAGUACUAUUAUGUGCCAGCUGACUUUGUAGAAUAUGAAAAAAAUAACCCCGGUAGUCAAAAACGAUUUCCUAGCAACUGUGGCCGUGAUGGAAAACUGUUUCUUUGGGGACAAGCACUUUAUAUCAUCGCAAAACUCCUGGCUGAUGAACUAAUCAGUCCUAAAGACAUUGAUCCUGUGCAGCGCUAUGUCCCACUAAAAGAUCAACGUAACGUGAGCAUGAGGUUUUCCAAUCAGGGCCCACUGGAAAAUGAUUUGGUAGUUCAUGUGGCACUUAUAGCAGAAAGCCAAAGACUUCAAGUUUUUCUGAACACAUAUGGUAUUCAAACUCAAACUCCUCAACAAGUAGAACCCAUUCAGAUAUGGCCUCAGCAAGAGCUUGUGAAAGCUUAUUUCCACCUGGGUAUCAACGAAAAGUUAGGACUCUCCGGAAGGCCAGAUAGGCCCAUUGGCUGCCUCGGUACAUCAAAGAUUUAUCGCAUUUUAGGAAAGACUGUGGUUUGUUACCCGAUUAUUUUCGACCUAAGUGAUUUCUACAUGUCUCAGGAUGUUUUCCUGCUGAUAGAUGACAUAAAGAAUGCACUGCAGUUCAUUAAACAAUAUUGGAAAAUGCACGGACGUCCACUUUUCCUUGUUCUCAUCCGGGAAGACAAUAUAAGAGGUAGCCGGUUCAACCCCAUAUUAGAUAUGCUGGCAGCCCUUAAAAAAGGAAUAAUUGGAGGAGUCAAAGUUCAUGUGGAUCGUCUACAGACCCUAAUAUCUGGAGCUGUAGUAGAACAACUUGAUUUCCUACGAAUCAGUGACACAGAAGAGCUUCCAGAAUUUAAGAGUUUUGAGGAACUAGAACCUCCCAAACAUUCAAAAGUCAAACGUCAAAGCAGCACCCCUAGUGCUCCUGAACUGGGACAGCAGCCGGAUGUCAACAUUAGUGAAUGGAAGGACAAACCCACCCACGAAAUUCUUCAAAAACUGAAUGAUUGCAGUUGUCUGGCUAGCCAAGCCAUCCUGUUGGGUAUACUGCUCAAAAGAGAAGGCCCCAACUUCAUCACAAAGGAAGGUACCGUUUCUGAUCACAUUGAGAGAAUCUAUAGAAGAGCUGGCAGCAAAAAACUUUGGUCGGUUGUACGCCGUGCAGCAAGUCUUUUAAGUAAAGUAGUGGACAGCCUGGCCCCAUCCAUUACUAAUGUUUUAGUGCAGGGCAAACAGGUAACUCUGGGUGCCUUUGGGCAUGAAGAAGAAGUUAUCUCUAAUCCUUUGUCUCCAAGAGUGAUUAAAAACAUCAUCUAUUAUAAGUGUAACACCCAUGAUGAGAGGGAAGCGGUCAUUCAGCAAGAACUGGUCAUCCAUAUUGGCUGGAUCAUCUCCAAUAACCCUGAGUUAUUCAGUGGCAUGCUGAAAAUACGAAUCGGGUGGAUCAUCCAUGCCAUGGAGUACGAACUUCAGAUCCGUGGUGGAGACAAGCCAGCCUUGGACUUGUAUCAGCUAUCACCUAGUGAAGUUAAACAGCUUCUGCUGGAUAUUCUGCAGCCUCAACAGAAUGGAAGAUGUUGGCUGAACAGGCGUCAGAUUGAUGGGUCUUUGAAUAGAACUCCCACCGGGUUUUAUGACCGAGUGUGGCAGAUCCUGGAGCGCACGCCCAAUGGCAUCAUUGUCGCUGGGAAGCAUUUGCCUCAGCAACCAACCCUGUCAGAUAUGACCAUGUAUGAGAUGAAUUUCUCUCUCCUUGUUGAAGACACGUUGGGAAAUAUUGACCAGCCACAGUACAGACAGAUCGUUGUAGAGUUACUUAUGGUUGUAUCCAUUGUACUGGAAAGAAACCCCGAGCUAGAAUUUCAAGACAAAGUAGAUCUAGACAGACUGGUCAAAGAAGCAUUUAAUGAAUUUCAAAAAGAUCAGAGUCGGCUAAAGGAAAUUGAAAAACAAGAUGACAUGACUUCCUUUUACAACACUCCUCCCCUGGGAAAAAGAGGAACAUGCAGCUAUUUGACAAAGGCGGUGAUGAAUCUGCUGCUGGAAGGAGAAGUCAAGCCAAACAAUGAUGAUCCGUGUCUCAUUAGCUAGUGGAGAAGGUGUAGGAAGCUCUGUUGAGACAUAUGUUCUGAAGUGUGUUGUGUUUCGUGUUCAAGCUUAAUCAAGGCAGCCAUUAAUGUACAAACUGAGCAUGCUGGGGAGCUGAUUGCCACAUCCUUGGCAGCUUUGUGGACCUCUUGCAUGUCAUAGCCAAUUUAAUGGUAAUGGUAAAUGCUUUUAAUCAAACAUGAAAAAGUUCUCAUGAUUAUGCCAGCUACAAUAGUAAUCCUCACUGAGUGAUAAAAAUAGUUUAUGAAUUGAAAAUUUGCCACUACAUGUUUCAUGAUCAAAUAGUUCAUCAAAAUGAAUCUUUGCUCUUUGGAAUGAAUUAUUACCAUACUGCCAUUAAAAUAAAUUUGCCAACUAGUAAUGCAUACUGGAAUUCAAAAGAUAUUGAAAGAAUGGUGAACUUCUCUUAGUGGUAUUGUCAUGCUAAAAGAUGUUAAUAUACAUCAUAAAAGCAAAGUCAGCCAGCUGAUAUUUUGGUUCUCAAAAACUGCAUUAUUAAUAAUAUUUUAGUAUACAGAGAUAUUCUACAAUUUUUACAUUGUAAACAUGACUAUGGUUUUGUAUUUGCUAAAUAUAGGGGUUGGACUAAAAUAUAAUAAAUCUGUACCUUAUCAAACAUUUUCUUUGAGCUCCUGCUAAAAAUAGGACAUGUCUAUGAUUGUUCAGAAAUAUGUUAAAUUUAGCCUCAGCAUGGUAGCUCACACCUGAAAUCCCAGCACUUUGGGAGGCUGAGGCAGGUGGAUCACUUGAGGUCAGGAGUUCGAGACUAGCCUGGCCAACAUGGUGAAAACGCCGUCUCUACUAAAAAUACAAAAAUUACCCAGGCAUGGUGGUGCAUGCCUUUAAACUCAGCUACUGAGGGGGCUGAGGCAUGAGAAUUGCUUGAACCAGGAGAUGGAGGUUGCAGUGAGCUGAAAUCAUGCCACUGCACACCAGUCUGGGUGACAGAGCAAGACUAAAUCUCAAAAAAAAAAAAAAAAAGAAAAAGAAAUAUGUUAAAUUUAAGGACUGUUAACCUACUUUGUACUAGUAAAAACAACAUUAAGAGUCAUUAAAUUUUAUUUCUGAAUUAAUGAACGUAUCUGGACACAUUCUUUGCUCCUAGGUUCACAAGAUUGAGCUUAAAACUCCUGAGUGUUUUCAUUUAAUUGAUUUAGAGGUAGAAUGGAAGAGAAUCUAUGGUACCUAUCAUUAUACACCUUUAGUUGCCCAGUUUACUUAAACUUUAAUAAAAGUAAAAAGUAGAUUAAA